AUGGCCACUUUUAGUUACGCGUUGGCUCUACUACUACUAGCUGCUCACCAUGCGUUGCAGAAGUCUUUAUCCAGCGAUUCGACAUACAGAGCCGCCGUUGUAGAAAUGAAAUCAGUUGAGGACAUAUUCAAGCCAGUGCAAGUAAUGAAAGCGAAUGAAAUUAAAAUUCUGAACUUCAUAGAUCAAGCCGCUGAAAAGAAUGUGGAUAUCUUGGUCUUCCCUGAAUUGCCACUGACAUCGCUGGCAUUUCCAUCGAGGAGAUAUUUACUCCCGUGGACGACUGUGCUCCCUGAUCCUUCUCAAUAUUACAAGCCUUGCACUAAUUUCAGCAUUGCUGUGAUUGAGUCAAUCAGAAGUAUCUCUUGCGCAGCUAAGAGAAAGAGAAUCUACGUAGUGAUCAACGUGAUUGAACAGGAGGUUUGUUCAACCGCCGGAUGUCCACCUGACGGAUAUUUGUUGUAUAUCAGCAACGUUGUAUUCGACAGAGAAGGAAGAAUAAUCUCAAGGUCCAAGCUGCUAAUUUUUACCGUCAAAAUUGUCCGGGCCCGGAAGAACCAUCUAAUUCACGAAAAUGGAAACAUAAACGUAAAGACACCCCAAAACGAAACCUUCACGACGGACUUCGGCGUGACUUUUGGUCACAUUAUCUGCUACGAUAUCAUGUUCCAAAGGCCCUGGUUGGAUGUUAGAAGGAAGCUCAAUGUCACGGACUUUGUUUUCACCUCAGGAUGGUUUACCGGAAUGCCGUUCAAAAAUUCGCUGCAGGUACAAGCUGGCUUUUCUUAUGCGGAGGAUGUAAACAUGCUGGCUGCUGGAUACAACGCUGUCCGUGGAGGGCUUACCGGGAGUGGCAUUUACUUAGGGCGUCAAGGCAUCGCUAGUGCAUUAAUGGCAUUCGAUGAUCACGAGGAACUGGUGAUAGCGGACGUACCGAAGAAGUCGCAAAAUACCGUGGCAAAUGCGUCCCGACAGAGUGAUCAAGGAUACAAAAUUCGCAACGGGUUUCGUCGUAGGAAAGAAUCUGAACGUUUAAUCAUGAAGUACGAAACGUUGGCCAAUGCUACGAUGAAAAUGAUCGUAGAGAAUGGAUAUACGACGCAGACAUUGCACCACGAAGGAAUUGAAUGUGAAUUCAAAGUGAAUCUUACGAACCUGAAUCCACCAACGAUAUAUCGAUUGAUCGCUUUCGACGGCACUCGUCUGGAUGGUAAGACAGUAAGAUGCGGCAACAGGAAUUGCGCGAUCCAUCAGUGCGCCAAUGAAACGAUCGAAUCAUGUGGGGCCAUUCGGAAUUCGUCGGGGAUCUUCACUUUCAUUGAGGUCGAGUCGACGCACAUCGACAACAACAAUACCACAAUGAUACCAAGUACUGUGCUAACGGAUUUGUUCCCACUCGAGAAUUGGACAUUUGAUCAACACACGUCGGGGCGCCAUGUUCACACGAAGAUAUCUCUAGAGACACCGUCAGAAAACGUAGUGACUUUCGGAGUCUGGGGCAGAAACUUUGAGCGAGAUGAACGCAUCGGUGCAAUCCAUGUUACUUAUUAG